CUCGACCUGCUCACACGCCCUCCUGUCAUUCCUCCCCUAUUUGUUCCCUUGACUCAAAUACAUUCUCUCCUCUUAUAUCUCAUCCUCGCCACUCUUUCUCUUGGUGCACUCUUCUCUGCUGUGUGCAUACGAGGCCAGAAACAUCCAUUGCUACGAAUUCGUAGGGAACUGGUUUCUACGGAGAACAGUUUGCUCCAGGGGAGGCUCUCUUAAACGGGACCCUGCCACAAAAUCCCCCCUGAUUCACCAUUGUUGUCAACAUUACACUGCAAGCUCCCACUCUCUUCCUUACUCGGAGUCUUCCUGAGACAAGCUGGUGAUGCUGGACAGCUCCAGGCUGUAUUACGAGUACACAGAAAAGGAAGGAAUGUCAAUUCUCACCAAGAAGAAGACAGCAAGGGUGUUGUCUAGCGCAGAUCUAUAUUUUUUUGAAGAGCUCUCUACUUCUAUGGGGGUGACUGAGGCAAAGAAAUGGCUGAAGAGCUGUCGGGGAGAAUCGUCUGUCAACUCUUCGAGGUCUACUUCACCGGUCAGGCAGCGGGCCCAGCCUGUCUCUUACGGCACCUUGAACGUCGAGAACAUCCAGUCAAGGAGGUAUGCUCAAGAGGCUGUCGAGAACCGUUCCUACACUCCCAGAGCAUGUGAUAAGUCUACAAUGGGUGCUGGCAAUAACAGCCAACAAGGCAGGGAGCUGGCUUUGAAAUUCGAGCAUGCAAGAAGGGACUCCGACAAGAGCGAGCAGGCGGGUCUUCUUUACACUGACGCUGCACACCUUCUCGACGAAUAGAUCUAUUUUUUCUCCAUUUAAUGAAAUUUUACAAAUCAUG